AGGUCCCUUGAGGUUUGUUUACUUGUGUCUGGCCGGAGAUAAACUUGAGGUCCCAUGACGAGGGUGACCCCUGCGUAUGUGUCCCCCGUGUGACCUGCCCUGCCUUGCCCUGCCCCGCCGUGCCCUGCCGCCUGCCAUGUGAGGCGCCACACACACCAUGUCAAGCGGGGACGACGGCUGGAAGGAGAGACUGGGCAUAGACUUCCCCAUUGACCUGUCAGACUCAGACAUCGAGGAGGAGCGAUUCGGCGGCGCCUCGCCCAGGAGAAGGAGUUCUGGCUUCAGCCUCAAGACAAACAGUGAUGAACUCAUCAUCUCAGAAGAAACGGAGAGGGUGGAGAGUUUUGACUCCUUCUCUCAAGAAGAGGAGGAACUGGCCAAGUACUUGAAGGUGUAUGGGAGGACACCACCUCGGACCGUGCGUCUCCGCAGACAGAAGGAGAGGGAUGCCUAUUGUUUGCAAGCCAAGGAGGCAGCUAAGGCAACACUGAAACGACGAGACACUUCUGAGCGGUUCCUCUCCCUCCCAGGGUUCACAGACCAUGGCAUUGCUGAAGCUUCUCCUGAAAGGACGCGGCAGCACAUCCGGGAGAGGAAGCGGUCCAAGGACAGGAAGCGUUCCCGGGAAAGGAACCGCAAGAAGUCCACCGUCGAGAACCUGGCGAGUGUGUUGAGCACCCUCACCACCCAGGAGUCUGAUGAGCGGUGUGAGAGCAUGCCACCCCUCUCCCCGGCAUACAAGGUGGAGUCGAGGACACGGUACAUGAGUGUGUCUUGCCGCAAGGUGAAUGACGAAGAUGAGACAGAGCAGACAGAGAUCCGCAAGCAGUCCACCGCAGAGCUGCCGCAGGACCGGGUCGCCUACUACAAGCAUCUGCAGGGCCAGGUCAAGGUUGGCUCCCAGGACCUCACCUUCAGCAGCCGCCAGCAGAGUGAAGAAGAGGCACUGUACCAGCAGGAGCUCUAUGAGAUACUGUGGCUGGAGCUGCAGGCAUGGCAGGCUGGCACUGACUGCACCACCUAUGACCUCCAGCUGAUCAUACAGAGGAAUGAGGUCUUGGACAUAAUCCAGGAAGUUCUAAACUUCAAGUUUGAUCCAGACCGACAAGAGAAGCACCAGGAAAGUUUCACAAGUUUUCCCAAUAAAAAGAUAACAACAGUUGAUGAGCUGGUGACAACGGGUGACCUCAAGAUUGGUGGCAUCCCUGUGGCUGCCCAUGACCUGCUGGAUGGGUCAGGCAGCAGCAGGAUGGGGGGGGGAGAGGAGGAGUGUGAGGGGUGUCUGUCAAUCUGGUGUGUGCCCUGCAAGGACAACCAAACCAAGGCUCUCAUGCAAGUUGCUGCUUUGCUGAAAAAGCUUGACUAUGCUGAGUCCCUUUUCCCCUCCACCCAGAAGCUGGCUUUCCACCAUCCUGAGUGGAAGCAGCACAACUUCAUCAACAGGUACAAGGCGCUGUGUGUGUGGUACAACACGACGGUGCAGCUCAGGAUGAAGGUGAAGGUCCUCGGGAAGCUUCUUGGGAACAUGACCAAUACUCUCAUCCCUUGGCCAGACUUGACCACCAAUUUUGUUGACAUCACGACCCCAACAUCCAGCCACGACUCAGGGACACAGUUCCCUCAGCAGUUCGAGGAGAAUCCCCAGGAGACAGAGACACAGGUCCCAAAGUCCUCGUCCAUGUCCAAUGUCCGCUUCGUCAUUGACAGCGACAAGUCGGACGCCAGCUCCAAUCCCUCAGACUCCAACAACUCCACUGACUCAGGCCACACCACAGCCAGCACCAACAGUGGCUUCCUGAUGCCCCCCAGCCACUCAGUGGGCCAGGCCUCCUCGGGGCUCCGUCGCUGCCUCAGUGAUAUCUUCAUUGAGGCCAACCCUUACAGGAAGUAUGUGGAGAAGCUUCUGAGGAACAAAGGGAUGAAGAAGACGUUUGACAAGGUAGCGGAAGUGAUACGCGACGUGAUGAACCGCACCAUGUGUGUCCUGGAGUUCAACCACGAUGAGAAGCAGAAGAAGGCUGAUUCUGACAUCAUGUCCAAAGCUCUGGCUGAGACGUCACAGGAGCUGAGUCGGUACAGAGCAUGGACGGCAAAGUUCACUGAGAUGGGGCUGCCAUCCUUCUAUGCACUCUUCAUCUUCCUGUCCUCAGUUUCACUCCAGAUGAUGCGGGAGUGUCUCAAGCUGCGUCUGGAGCAGAUGCCGGAGAAGCCGUCACGGCUCAGCAUCAGGGAGCUCAUGAGGGAGUACAAGGAGGGAGUGAAGUUUGCUGUGCUGGUGAGGCAGAAGUACCUGCGAGUGUGUCAGGCACUGUUUGCUCACCUCACCCCCAAGCUGCGGGAGAACCUGGAGGUGAGGCAGAACCAGGCUAUUGAGGAGCUGGACGCCAACAUUAAGAGGAUGCUGGAGGUGUAUCUGGAGUGGCUGGACCAGUUUGUGUGUAUGCUGCACCGGGAGCCUCAUGCAUCAGGUCUGCAGCGUAACUUCCUGCAAGAGGAGUGGCGAUUUGUGCAGGCCACUUGUCCCCACGUCACUGAGGGGGACAGCCUGGCAGCCACACGCUUCUGCAACAUUGCCUGCCACAUGCUGUGCAGUGUCGGCGACUUCAUUGACACUGGGAUAGAUGACCAGAUGGCAGCCAUGCAGGAUUCCACCCUCGGCAACCUGGACGACAUCGAGGAAGACGAGGACUUGGAGCAGGAUGAGAUUCAGAAGAAGCGUCUCCGCCAGCGCUGCCGAGCACUGCAGGUGUUGCUGGCAGAGACUCGGGAGCGGUCGCUGCGGGCCGCUGGGCUGGCCAAGAUGCUGAGGAAGGACCUGGAGGUGGCUGCUGAGUUCAGUCUGUGUGAGGGGCCAGAGCUUGUGCUGACCCGGCUGCAGCUCACUGGUCAUGUCAGGGUGUUGGCACCUCAUAGUCACAACCAUUUCAUCUUUGUGCCGGGUCGCAUCAAGGACAAGCGGGAGUACAUCUGGAACCUGCUGGACAUGAGGGUGGGCGGCAUGGACCAGGACGAUGACGAGCUGGGAGGCUACCUGGUGCUCAUGCGGUGCGACAACCUGGCCUCCUCCUGCCUCUGGUCGGGGGAUGUCAUUGAGAUUGAACCAACAGCUGACUGCACCAUCACUCUCUCCAGGAUUGUGGUUACAAGUCUGCUGGUGGUGGUGUCGUCUGGCACAUUGCUUGUUCCUCUGCGGAGGGAGUUCCAGCACUGCAUGGGCAACACCGUGACUCUUGUGCGUGACCAGACGGCUCCCAACAAGGCCGUCACUCACUCUAUCGACGAGCUCAAGAAAGAGGCUCUGGGGCUGUGUGACAACCUGGUGAAGAGUGUGCGGCAAGUGGAAAGCCUCACAGACCUGGAGGUGGUGACGCCUGACGUGGAGGACAGUGAGCGACACCACCUGCAUCUGGUGACGCGAGAUGUGGUGCACCAGUACUUCAUGUUCGGCUUUGAGUACCACAAGGAGGUGACGCGCUUAGUGACAGGGCAGCAUCGGGCUGAGGUGGCACCAAUGCUGGUCAAUCUGGCACGCAUGUGGAUGAAGUUUGUGAAGGCGCACUACUCACAAGGGAAGGGUUCCCGGCCAAGGUGGGCCAAUGCUGGCUUGGAGUUCAUCGUGUUUGUGUGCAACCCUCACAACACCUGCUACCUCCAGGAACAGGACUUCCAGCAACUGGUGAAGGAGAUUGAAUGCUGCCGUGACUACAUCAUCGGCACUGCACCAGAGACCAAACAGCCGUGCACGCCCCUCACACCAGUCCUGCCUAGACACUUCAGGUCACCAUCAACGUCAUCUGUCGUCCACCAUGCACCAGAGAGGUCCUUGUCCACUCAGUCAUCCUCCUCCCAGGGUGACUGCUCUCCUGUCAUCAACCCAACAGACAGUCCACUGCUCAGGCGGCACUUGAAAAGCAAAAGUCAGCCCACUGUGGAGAAGCUGGUGGAUGUGACAGACUCGCCCAGCCAGUACUCAGAGAAGCCCAUUCAGAGGGUGCGGAGGAAGAUCUUCACAAUGGACACCAAACUGGAUGAGCGGCUGAGGGACGAGAGGGUGAUUGGCCAGGUGUCUAACAUUCACCGGGACAAGAUCCACUUCAAGCCACGUACCGUCAACUUCUCAUGGCAACGAGGCUUCAAGAUUGGUGCCGGUCGCUUUGGCAAGGUGUACACGGCAGUUAACAACAACACUGGUGAGCUGAUGGCCAUGAAAGUGCUACCGCUGCAACCCAAUGACCACCGCUCCAUCCGCCGCGUGGCAGAUGAGUUCCACAUCUUCGAGGGGAUCAGCCACCCACACCUCGUCAAGUGUUAUGGUGUGGAGAUACACAAUGAUGAGAUGCUGAUGUUCAUGGAGUACUGUGAUGAGGGGACCCUGGAGAGCCUGGCCACCAGCACGGAAACAGGGCUGCCAGAGGAGCUGGUGAGAAAGUACACCCGGCAGCUGCUGGAGGCCGUGCACGCUCUGCAUGAGCGCGGCAUUGUGCACCGCGACAUCAAAGGAGCCAACAUCUUCCUGACAGAAGAGGGGAACAUGCUCAAGCUGGGAGACUUUGGGUGUGCAGUGCGGCUGCGGGGCCACCAUACAGAGGUGGGGGAGCUGGCUGGCAUUGUGGGGACCCACGCAUACAUGGCUCCUGAGAUAUUCCAGUCCAGUGAGGGCCAUGGGAGGGCAGCCGACGUGUGGUCUGUGGGCUGCGUGGUGAUAGAGAUGGCCACUGGCAAGCGGCCGUGGCCUGAGUACGACAGCAGUGUGCAGAUCAUGUUCCGGGUGGGUAUGGGCCAGUCCCCCACCAUCCCCAAGCACCUGUCUGAGGAGGGGCAUGAGUUCCUGGCCAGCUGCUUCAUCCAUGACCCCAAGAAGCGUGCCACCACUGCACAGCUGCUGGACCACACUUUUGUCAAGGUGGAUACAGGAGAAGACUGCCCCUCCCUGCCGCUCUUCUCCCACCCCCCGUUUGUGCCUUACAUGAAGCUCCUGUCAAACACGUGAGGGGAUGACUGCUGGAUGGAGGUUAGGGUAGGGUGGGUAGGUUAACAAAGCGACUCUCAUUGCUGUGUGCAAUUAUAUUUUUUAUAAUGGAAGGAUGGGAGUGUGAGUGAGUGUGUGCAUGUAGGUGUGUGCAUGUAGGUGUCUGGCCCUGCCUACCCUCAUUGACCAGGAGUGUUGGGCUGCUACAUACAGAGAUAAUGGAAAGAAAAAUUGGAUUCAGUGGACAGCUUUUAAGUAUUUAUUGUUUUUUAUCAUAUUUAACCAGAUUAUUGGGUAUAUUAACAAGGGUUUGUGUAAAAGUAAUAUAUUAGUGCAAAGUGUGGCUGCUGGAGAUGGUACAAUGGUACUGCAAAGUACCACCACUAGCUUGAGGUUGCUUUGUAGGAGAGAGAGAGAGAGAGAGAGAGAGAGAGAGAGAGAGAGAGAGAGAGAGAAUGUAUAGAUAACUAAUUAAGUGAAACCACUAGAUAAAUUAAUCAUAAAAGACAUAUUUUCUUAAAACUACUAUUACCAUAAUUGUUGAGGUGCCUUGUGUUGUUUUGAUCAGCAGGGGAGCUACUUGUAAUGACAUGCAUUGCCUGAAGGGGAGCAGGAUGUGCUGACCUUCCACUCAAGGGCUGGCAUCAGGAAAUAAAGCUUUGCUCUUCAAGAAAUCCUAAAGUCAGCUGUGCUCUGCUCUGCCUUGAGUUCCCAAUCCCUUUCUUUCACAUAGUUAUAUUGUGAGUUAAUUAAUUUUUUGUUCAAUACUUUCCUUUCCAAAUUUGAAUUUAGCACAAGUUGAAGGCAGUAGUUGUGAAGAUGUAAGUGUUCAUUAAUUCAUUCUAAUGUUCUGAUUUGAUUGCUACAUUUGUUCAGGAGUCAUCAAAACAACAGUGCAGGGGGUUAGUCUUAAGGUUUCUCAUACAAAGAAUGUGCAUGUGUCGUAAUGUGUCAAGCAGAGUUGUGUGGUGUUGGGGAGAACUGUAUUCAUUGAUGCUGAAGAUAAAAGAUGAAAGUGGAAGUUGACCCAAGAUGUGGAUAGAUUGGCAUAAGUAGAUAGGUAGAAUUGUGUAUGGAUGUGCAUGUGUCUGUGUGUGUGUGUGUGUGUGUGUGUGUGUGUGUGUGUGUGUGUUUGUGUGUGUGUGUGCGCGUGCGUGCAUGCGCAUUUGCAUACGUGUACACAUGCAUUUGUGCUUCCAUGCAGUCAUAUUUGCAGUUGUGUGUACUUUAGGACAAAUGAUAAUUCAUCUAGCUAGCCAGCCUUGUGUCGUCUUUGAGAAGCAUUGGUGAUCACAAAACCUAUUAGCUUAUGUCUCAGUGCAAGUUGUCAUGACACUGGUGUUCAAACAUUCUCUCUUGUGCCAUGACAUCAGUUUGGUUUGGGAGUUUACAGUUUAUUGUUAUAAUUGUAGUGUAAAUUCUACUUCUACAUUUUGAAUGGUCCUGUUGAACAGUCAAUACAAUCAAUCUCACACACACACACAUUAGUCAGGUCAUAGAACCAGACUAGUUUCCUGGUCCAGUUCACUUACAUCUAGAAUUGUCUUGUAGUUUCCAGUGCCUAGCAGAUUUUGUCUUAACACAGAAAUGCUGAACUUAUUGUACAUGUUUUUUUUAUACAUUACUCAAACACUCCAUUGCAUAUUGUCAUGUUUUUUGGGAGCUUUUCCAUUGUUGUCAGGGAAUAGACUUGCUCUUCCAGAAGUAGACUGAGAGUUGGCAUAAUAGGGAAGAAAAGGAAUCAAUAGAAUGUAGCUGUUACUGAUUCAUCAUCUUAUGAUGCAAUUGUUCUAAUCAGCUGAAUUUUGAAAACCAUCAUAAUAAGAACUUAGUUUGAAAGGACAAAUCACUGUGUAUGAUAACAUGGGGAACACAAGUUAUAAAUAAGAGCUCAAAUGCUUGAUGGUGUCACUUUUGGUAGCUUCCAUGUGCGUGAUGCCCCACACAUGAGGCAGCCGACACCAAGCUCAUUAUGCAGGUUUGCAGCUUAUAGUUUCCCACUGGCUAGUUAGGCAUGUUUCAUAUUUUGUACCUAGAUGACAAGUGCAUGACUGUGGGGAUGGUCUGUGUUAGUCUUGAGAAAUAAUAGAACACAUCAGUAUUGCUAUCUCAAGUCAACAGCAAUAUUUAUCUUUAAAAGUCUGGUAUGCUUGAUAUUUCUUCAUCCAAUUAUUGAUCAACAGCUAAUUUUGGAUAUUAAACUAUGUAGUAAAUAAGAUGUCUGUGACAGUUCAAUACCUAAGAUAUUACAUUAUGAAACUAAAAUGUAAAAUUAUUGAAUAUAGUAAUAUGUAUUGCAAGUAACAAGUAAGAUCAAAGAGAGAGUGCUCAAGUGUGUGUGUGUGUGUGUAUGCUAGAAGUUGAGUAGGAAGACUAUUAUGUAAGAGUGAUCAGGUGGGCUUCAUGCUACUUGACAAACACAUGAAACUAAUGGGCUGUAGGAAUAAUUAUUAUAAGCAACUGUAUCUACUUUUUACUCCAGGGAAUUUUGUAUCACAUAACCAUAAGUAUGUAAGAGGCAGGUAUGGUAGUAUUAGAUGGUUGUGCAUCCACAGAACCUCAGCAGCUCUGUAUGUGUACAGUCAGGAAGGAAAUGUUAUUUUGUGACUACUCAGCCAAUCACUUAUCAAACUUGCUGAGGGCACACUUUUAAGACAUGUAUCACAAAAUCCAUCAUAGCAAGUGUGUUUGCACCUCAGCCUAUCACUAUUGAAGACAUUUUUUUCCUAACUGUACCCAAGAUAUUCCCUUGAGCCGUCCCUCGGAGGAGUGGUGCACCGCCACAGUCCAUGGCCACGUUUACUUGUGUACUCAACCAAAGCAACUCCACCCGGCUUGUGGUGUGGCCUAGGCUGCUGUUCACUGAUGUUAACAGGAUGACUCAUAAUAGGCAAUGAAGGCCGGACUCUUUAUGCCGUUCAUUUUCUCUAGGAAUAAGUCAAUCCAAAUAUAUUUUAUUACCUAUUCUACCUGACAGUGCAGCUGUUCAAGGGGCUGUUGUAUUAUGGAAAGUUUUAGCACUUACUGCUCUGGAGGCAGCUUGUGUGAUGCCAUGGAUGGUGACAACGUGAUAUGAUAACAGGAUAAGAAGCAUGGGAUAUUAUAAUCACAAGAUUAGUCUCAGCUAAUAAGUGACCAUUUUUAAGUGACAUUUUUAACCAGUGAGGUGGAGUUAUCUGUGGUUCGCUGUUUUAUGAUACUGUGCACUUGUUUUUUAAGCUUUCCAUUCUAGAAGGUGCAGUCAGACCAAAAAUAAUGUCAUAACUUCUUGUUUGGCAACCUUGUCUGAGGACACCUUCUAGGCUGGGGUGCCUCAAUUGUUGCACCUUAUGUGACUAUAAUGGUUUUGUAGUAAUAGUUCAUUCUUUAAUACUUUUUAUUUCUUAUUGUAUUUAUACUUCUAUAUCUUUACCAACAUUUAGCAUUAUUGAAGUUUAUUCAUGCACUGAUCACUUCUAGAACCUGGCAAACCUUUGGGUGAUUGUAUCCAGAGUAUAGCAAAUAAUUUGUUGAUCUGUCUGUCUCUGAUGCCUUGCUCACUCCAGGCAUGCUCCUCAAGGUGAUGACCAAGGCAGAAGAACCUCCACCUCUCCCUAUCCAAACAUGGCCUCCUUUUUGAUGUGCACUUUUACCCUAUCAUAUUUUCCAAGUAGCCUUUCCCUCUAUACUACUACACAAAUUUGUGGCUUCAAAAUAUAAAAUUAAUUGCUUUAUAUGCCAUGAACAUCAUUGAGAUUGUGAGGCAUGAAAAAGAUGAAAGUUUCAGUCUUGAGACAUUCACUUCUACUGUUGUAGUGAAGGGAAGGUGAAUAUCUCUGACUGAGGUAAAUUAAGACUGUAUGUUGCUCUGGUAGGGUUAGAAGAGAGCACCAUCCCUCUCACCAUCAAACAGUCAUAAACUAGGAUUGAACCUGCAACCUUUGAGCUGUGUGCUGAACAGUGUACCAGAGCUACCUGGCCCCAGUAGUGAAAGGAAGACCUCAGGCCUGGGCACUCCUGCUGUGUCCUAAUGGAUGGACACGUUUGAAAUGUUUGUGCACUGAAUUAUACGUGUAUUUAGUCAAUUUAGUUACUAGUUAGUCUUAGCUGUUAAGUUGUAAAUAUAUAUUCAUGUGAUAAAAUGAUAUUUGAUAAUUUUCAUAGAGAUUUUUAGAAAGCAAUGUUUAGUACCGUUGCAGAAUAGCAGAAAAUUCUCCAGCCUUCAGAAAAAUGUUUCUUGUCUGUAAAUGUAAAAGUUUCACAAAAUUCUCUAUUCUGAUUAUGAGAUCUUUAAGAUCACAACUUGCAUCAGUUAAACAAAUAGCCUUAGUAUGUGGGACAACUGCAAUGGAGGCCAUGCUUGUGAUGCAGUCUGUUGUUGCUGACAGUUUUAUGUAAUGGUCAUUAACAAUUUAUUUUCAUGAACUUUAAGUUGACAUCAGUGUUUUGAAACAGCCAGUGGUUGUUGAGUGGAAAAUGGCAAUGCCUGUGGCUCUGUACUCAGCUGCUGAAAUGAUUCAUGAGAAGUGUGUCUCAGCAUGACCUCCAUUACUGUACCAACUGACUUUGUCGUUCUCCCCAACUUUGUUCAUCAAUUUUUGAGGUGUCAGGAAUUGCUGAACUUCCUGCUGCUCCUAGCCCAUCAAGUGUCAGGACAAGGCCAUGUUGCUAUUAUCCUCGCCCUGUGAAGGUGCUGUAUUUCUGUGAUGGAAAGUGACAUUGUGGAAUGUGAGCUUACUGUAGCAGCAUAAUAUUGGCAUCAAAAUAUUAUAUGAAAGAAAA